AUGACCAACAAGCAGCUCCUCAUUCUUGUGGCCGCCUUCACUGCUUUGAUGCUCCGAGCCACCUAUGCAAGAACCAUACAGAUUAACCCGGCCGGGACGGUAUAUGACCUCUUGGAGCAGAACAACUUGCCGCAGGGCCUCCUACCACUUGGUGUGCAGUCGUAUGUGCUUGGUGCCGGUGGAGCUUUGGAGGUGACACUAUCCGGUGACUGCAACGCCUUUGUCACAUUCUCCGGUAGGAAAUUCGAGUUUGUGUACGCUAGCAAAGUAAACGGGGUUAUCAAGUCUGGUUCCAUUAGCAGUGUAUCUGGCGUGAGUGUGCAGGUGGCAUUUGCUUGGCACGUUUUGCACCAAGUCACCCGUGCAGGCAACAGCUCAACAUCCAGCUAG